AUGUCUGAACAUAUUGAUCUACCGUGUCAUUCAUCUCGAUCAUCAUUAUUAUCAUCGUCAAGUGGUUAUAAUAAUUAUCGAGGUUUAUUAAAUCUUGUCUAUGUUUUGUUGGCAAUGGGUAGUGGACGUCUUGUCCUAGAAAACUUACUAAAAUACGGUUUAUUAGUACAAAUAGAUUUACCCGUUAAAUUUCUAAGAGAUCCAACACAAUGGCCAGCUUUGACAUUAAUUUUACUCGUGAAUAUAUUUAUUUUAAUUACCUACUAUUUAGAAUUGAAAGCAAAAUCAAUUCUAUUACAACUAGUCACUUUAAUCAUGUUAUUGAUAUUUCCUGUUGUUUAUAUCUGGAUUAGAAAACCAAAUCCAGUUGGAGCUUUUCUUGCUGUCUCAAUCUAUUUAAUUGUAUUUUUAAAAUUAGUAUCAUAUAUUCACAUCAACUGGUUGUGUAGAAAACAAUACAUCAGUGAGAACAAAAGAAAAAGUAAGAAUGACGAGAACCACAUAUCAUAAUCGUUCUAUCUGACCAUCUUAUUUUCUACCAUCACAAUGCUUUACCGCAUCACUAUUACUGUCAGU